AUGACGUUAAUCACAACGAGAACCAACAAGAUCCUCAAAGGUCACAAGGCUGUCAUCCUUCUUAACACUGAGUCUCCUCGGACCCAAGUCGAUGCUAUCCAAAAACGAUUCCCUAGCUUGGUUAUCAAGACAUUCAUUGAAAACAAGCGUGGAGAACCCAUGGAGCCUGAGUUUGAUGAGCAAGAGUGGAAAGAUACCACCAUCAUCUUGACUGCUGUAGCAACCGUCCGACUGCUGCCGAGACCAGAGCAGGUGCCUCAUCUGCAGUAUGUCCAGCUUACCAGCGCUGGUGCAGACUAUUUUAUCAAGAAUCCCCUUUUCACCGAUACAAAGAUUCCCAUUUGCACAGCUAGUGGUGUUCACGGGCCUCAAAUCGCCGAGUGGGUCAUUGGAACUUAUCUUUCUCAUAGACUUAAAUUGAAAGAAUACUCGAAACUUCAGGACCAAGGCCAAUGGCAUCCUCUCAACACCGACCCCGAAGAUGCCACAGACACAGCUGGCAAGCGAAUUGGAAUCUUGGGCUACGGUAGCAUAGGACGCCAGACAGCCCGUGUUUCCAAAGCACUAGGUCUGGAUAUCCACGCCUACACUCUCCACCCUCGCAGCACCCCCGAGUCCCGUCGCGACAACUCGUACUCGCCCCCCGGCCUCGGAGAUCCAGAGGGUGAAUUCCCUAGUAAAUGGUUCUCAGGUGGUUCCAGGGAGGAUGUUCACGCGUUCCUUGACUCGGGUCUCGACAUUGUCGUCAUAGCUCUACCAUUGACUGCCAAGACACAGGGCCUGAUCUCCAAGCCUGAGCUUGACAUACUCGCCAAGAAGAGGACAUUUCUAGUCAAUAUUGCCCGUGGACCUAUUGUCAACACGGAGGAUCUCAUACAGGCAUUGAACUCUGAGAAGAUUGUUGGUGCGGCGCUGGACGUCACUGACCCUGAGCCGUUGCCCAAGAAGCACCCCCUUUGGAGCGCCAAGAAUGUGACUAUCACGCCUCACGUAAGUGCAGCUUCUUCAUUUUACUUCAAAAGGUUAUUUGACAUUUUUGGGUUGAAUUUGGAGAGGUUAGGCGUGGGGCGGACAGAUCUUAUCAACAAGGUGAACAGGCGAGAAGGGUAUUAG